AUGCCAGGAGAAGACGAAAGGACCCCGCCACAGUCAUCACGAUCGAAGGCCUUGCUGCAGCACUUUGAGCGCAAAGUGAGGCUCCAUGCUGAACACCUUGAUGAGGAUGUUCGUGUCACCAAUGAACGCCUAGGUCAAUUGGAGGCCACGCAGAUCAACACCAACACCAGACUGACAGCAUUGGAAGGCACUCUUGGGGCUCUUAACACCUCCCUUGUAGGUAUUUUGGAGCGGUUGGAUAGGAUGGACCGGAAAGGCCAUGAUGGUUCAGGACGGCGCAACAACAACAACACCGAUAGCAGUGUAGCUGGACAUGAUGAGGAGGAAUAUUCAGCGGACACCGAGCAUGAUGGUGAGGUAAAUGAUCAACAACGCCACCAACAGCGCCGCCAUCGACAUGGUACACGUGCUCGUCAACCACGACGAGAGGUACGUGAUAAUGAUGACCCUUUGGGGAAGAUCAAGUUUAGCAUGCCCUCCUUUGAUGGAAAAUAUGACCCUAAUGCAUAUCUUACUUGGGAACUAGCGGUUGAUCAAAAAUUUGCAUGUCAUGAUUUUCCUGAAAACAAACGUGUUAGGGCUGCUACUAGUGAGUUUACUGAUUUUGCUUCUAUUUGGUGGAGUGAAUACAUUCGCAGCCACCAAAACAACACUCCACAAACUUGGGAAGCUAUGAAAAGAAUCAUGCGAGCUAGAUUUGUUCCCUCUUAUCAUGCACGAGAUCUUCUGCAUAAGCUACAGCUUUUGAGACAGGGAAACAAAUCUGUAGAAGAAUAUUAUCAAGAGCUGCAAACAGGGAUGCUUCGGUGUGGUUUGGUAGAAAAUGAGGAUGCAGCUAUGGCUAGGUUCAUGGGCAGGCUGAACCGGGAAAUUCAGGAUAUUUUGGCUUACAAAGAAUACAAUUCGAUCACUCGUUUGUUUCAUCUUGCUUGUAAGGCUGAAAGGGAAGUACAGGGAUGGAGAGCUAGCACAAGAACUAACAUUUCUACAGGUAGUGCUACCUCUCGGAUACCAUCCAACCCCGCUGGUCAACUGAACCAAGCCACUGCACCACCUUCUUCAAGCAGCAAGCCACGCCCUUCGACGACAAAUUCCUCACCUUGCCCUCCUGAAACAACAAAGGGGGCAGCUGCUGCACCAACCAAGAGUUCGUCCUCAAUUGCCUCUUCGGGGCGAACUAGAGACAUUCAAUGCCUCCGUUGCAAGGGUUACGGCCAUAUUCGCAAGGAUUGCCCAAGCGCACGUGUGCUAGUUGUGCGUCCAGAUGGUGGGUACUCCUCUGCUAGUGAUUUAGAUGAAGAAACAUAUGCUUUGCUUGCAGCUAACAAUGCAGGGGGAGAUGGGGAGCACAACCAAGAUGAGGAGCACAUUGGAACAGAACAUGCUGAGCACUAUGAGAGCCUCGUGGUGCAGCGAGUGUUGAGCACACAAAUGGAGAAGGCUGAACAAAAUCAGCGCCACACUUUGUUCCAAACCAAGUGUGUGAUCAAAGAGCGCUCUUGCCGAGUGAUCAUUGAUGGAGGGAGCUGCAACAACUUGGCAAGUGCUGAAAUGGUGGAAAAGCUUGCAUUGAGCACCUGGCCACACCCGCAACCUUACUACAUUCAAUGGUUGAACAGUAGCGGUAAGGUGAAGGUAACACGGUUGGUGAGAAUUAAUUUUGCCAUUGGUUCUUAUCAUGAUUCUAUUGAUUGCGAUAUUGUGCCCAUGCAAGCAUGCUCUAUGUUGUUAGAUAGACCAUGGCAGUUUGAUAUUGAUUCUUUGCACCAUGGUAAAGCUAAUUAA